AUGACUGCGGAGCAGGCGCUGCCCCUGGGCAACGGGAAGGCGGCAGAGGAGGCGCGGGGGUCCGAGGCGCUGGGCGGCGGCGGCGGGGGCGCGGCGGGGACGCGCGAGGCGCGCGACAAGGCGGUCCACGAGCGCGGCCACUGGAACAACAAGGUGGAGUUCGUGCUGAGCGUAGCGGGCGAGAUCAUCGGGCUAGGCAACGUGUGGCGCUUCCCCUACCUGUGCUACAAGAACGGUGGAGGGGCAUUCCUGAUUCCCUACGUGGUGUUCUUCAUCUGCUGUGGAAUUCCUGUCUUCUUCCUGGAAACGGCUCUGGGGCAGUUCACAAGUGAAGGAGGCAUUACGUGCUGGAGGAAAGUCUGCCCUCUAUUUGAAGGCAUUGGCUAUGCAACACAGGUGAUCGAGGCACAUCUCAAUGUCUAUUACAUCAUCAUCCUGGCAUGGGCCAUCUUCUACCUAAGCAAUUGCUUCACCACUGAGCUCCCCUGGGCCACCUGUGGGCACGAGUGGAACACAGAGAAAUGUGUGGAGUUCCAGAAGCUGAAUGUCAGCAACUACAGCCAUGUGUCCCUGCAGAACGCCACCUCCCCGGUCAUGGAAUUCUGGGAGCGCCGGGUCUUGGCUAUAUCUGAUGGUAUUGAGCAUAUUGGGAACCUCCGUUGGGAGUUGGCGUUGUGUCUCUUGGCAGCCUGGACCAUCUGCUACUUCUGCAUCUGGAAGGGUACCAAGUCGACCGGAAAGGUCGUGUAUGUCACGGCAACCUUCCCCUACAUCAUGCUGCUCAUCCUCCUGAUCCGAGGCGUCACCCUGCCAGGCGCCUCUGAAGGCGUCAAGUUCUAUCUGUACCCUGACCUCUCCCGGCUCUCUGACCCACAGGUGUGGGUGGACGCUGGGACGCAGAUCUUCUUCUCCUACGCCAUCUGUCUGGGCUGCCUUACCGCUCUGGGAAGUUACAACAAUUAUAACAACAACUGCUACAGGGACUGUAUCAUGCUCUGCUGUCUGAACAGUGGCACCAGCUUCGUGGCUGGGUUUGCCAUCUUCUCGGUCCUGGGCUUCAUGGCGUAUGAGCAGGGAGUGCCCAUUGCUGAGGUGGCGGAGUCAGGCCCUGGACUGGCUUUCAUCGCCUACCCCAAGGCUGUCACUAUGAUGCCCCUCUCCCCAUUGUGGGCCACCUUGUUCUUCAUGAUGCUCAUCUUCCUGGGUCUGGACAGCCAGUUUGUGUGUGUGGAGAGCCUUGUGACUGCUGUGGUAGACAUGUACCCCAAGGUAUUCCGGCGGGGCUACCGGCGAGAACUGCUCAUCCUGGCCCUGUCCAUCAUCUCCUAUUUUCUAGGCCUGGUGAUGUUGACAGAGGGAGGCAUGUACAUCUUCCAGCUUUUUGACUCAUACGCCGCCAGUGGUAUGUGCCUGCUCUUCGUGGCCAUCUUUGAGUGUGUCUGCAUCGGCUGGGUGUAUGGAAGCAACCGGUUCUAUGACAACAUCGAGGACAUGAUUGGCUACCGGCCACUGUCACUCAUCAAGUGGUGCUGGAAAGUUGUGACCCCUGGGAUCUGUGCGGGCAUCUUCAUCUUCUUUCUGGUCAAGUACAAGCCCCUCAAGUACAACAACGUGUACACAUACCCAGCUUGGGGCUAUGGCAUUGGCUGGCUCAUGGCUCUGUCCUCCAUGCUAUGUAUCCCGCUCUGGAUCUUCAUCAAGGUGUGGAAGACAGAGGGCACCCUGCCCGAGAAAUUACAGAAGUUGACAGUCCCCAGCGCUGAUCUGAAAAUGCGGGGCAAGCUUGGGGCCAGCCCACGGACGGUGACCGUUAAUGACUGUGAGGCCAAGGUCAAGGGCGACGGUACCAUCUCUGCCAUCACAGAGAAGGAGACGCACUUCUGAGUCCCACCAGCCACUCGGAUCCUUCUCCCCCGUUCCUUCCCUGCUUGUAAAUGAAUCCUGAACCUUGUACUUCACCUAAUGUUAGGGGCUUGCUCAUCUGCACAGGACUAUUAACAAGUUAACUCCCAGCCGGCCACUGUGUGCCCUGGACCCUCGCCUCACUCCCGUGAUCAUGGGCAUAUCCAACUUACCAAGAUAACUCUGUACAGUGAUUAGCAGAUCCUGGCCUAAGGUGGCUCAACCCACGUUUUCUAGAGUCCUUGUAUUAUACUGUCAACUUUUAUGCUGUGGGCGAGUGGAGUGAGGGAACAGAGCCCAUCCGCCUCUGGUUUUCAGUCAUUCCUGACCUUGUCUUGGACCUUCUCUGCCCACCCUCCUCUGUACCCUAGGGACAGUUUGUUCUGUUUUGUUAUUUUCUUUUGGUCUUCCCCUUUUCCAAUGACAGGACCUUCCACAUGUCAAAGUUGCAAGACAGUGAAGAAAGCAUCCCACCAUCCACAGGGCUCCUGAGUAAUCAGGAGUUGAUGACUGUCCCAUCCAGUGUCUGCAGCUACUUCCUUCCCUCCCUGGUCCUCAGUUUCUCCAUCUCCCAGAUUGAGGGAGGGGAUAGAAUGGAGUCUUCCCCUUGAAGCGGGGAAAGAUUCCCUGCCUCACUGCCUCGCAGGGCUGCUUUGACCUUGACCUGCAGAGACUUGCAGGCCUCUUCUCUAUCCUUCUUUGCUAUGACCCCCUCCAACCUUAUCUUAAGUCAAACCUAUCACAAACUAUGUUGGGGAAGUGUGUUUCCCUAACAACUGGAGUUUUAGUGUAGCCCUGAUCCCUGGAGAACAGCACAUCCCCAGCCCCUGUGACAGGGGGUCCCACCAUCUCUUCAACCUUCUUGGCCAUCAGUCUGUCCCUCCUUCCUUAGUAGGGAUGGACAGAGAGCAACCACCUCUUCUUGCAGCUGCCUGGCCAGGAUCUAUGGCCAUCCCUGCAGGGGAGCUAGUGAGGCCCGGGGCUGGAUUCCACCCACGGGCCCCUUCCUUAUACCACCUCUGCCCGCUCUUGUCCU